AUGGAAUCCAGAAAUCACACAGAUGUUUCAGAAUUCCUUCUCAUGAGACUGACAGAGGACCCAGAACUGAAGACCAUUUUCUUCAGCCUGUUCCUGUCCAUGUACCUGGUCACUGUCCUGGGAAACCUGCUCAUCAUCCUGGCUGUCACCUAUGACUCCCACCUCCACACCCCCAUGUACUUCUUCCUCUCCAGUCUGUCCUUUACUGAUAUCUGUUUAAGCACCACCAUGAUCCCAAAGAUUCUAGUGAAUGUCCAGACACAGAAUCAGAGCAUCACUUACACAGGCUGCAUCACCCAGAUCUGCUUCGUCCUGAUUUUUGUUAGCUGUGAAAAUUUCCUCCUUGGAGCAAUGCCCUACGACCGCUAUGUGGCCAUUUGUCACCCCCUGAGAUACACUGUCAUCAUGAACCCCCACCUCUGUGCUGUGCUGAUUCUCAUCUCAUUAUCCAUCAGCAUUGUGGAUGCCCUGCUCCACAGUCUGAUGGUAUUGCGACUGUCCUUCUGCACAGACUUGGAAAUCUCCCUCUUCUUCUGUGAAGCUGUUCAGGUCAUCAAGCUUGCCUGCUCUGACACCCUCAUUAAUAAUAUUGUUCUGUAUUUUGCAGUUAGCAUAUUAGGUGGCAUUCCUCUUUCUGGAAUCCUUUUCUCUUAUACUCAAAUUAUUUCCUCUAUUUUGAGGAUGCCAUCAUCAGGCAGAAAGUAUAAAGCUUUUUCUACCUGUGGGUCUCACCUCUCAGUUGUUACCUUGCUCUAUGGAACAGGUUUUGGACUGUAUAUUUGUUCAGCCAUUUCUGAAUCCUCUGGGAAAACUGCAGUGACUUCAUUGAUGUACACUGCGGUCACUCCCAUGAUGAACCCCUUCAUCUAUAGCCUGAGGAACAGAGACAUGAAAGGAGCUUUGAGAAAACUCAUUGAUGACGUCCUUUCUUUUCUCCGAUGUGUCAUUGAAUUUGAGAUAAGGCUACUAGAAUAA